UCAAUUUUGUUUGUAAAAAGAUCUCCUCUGUCUGUUGAAAAGAAAGGUAGAGAGAGCUCAAGACAAUGGCUCAUGUUAUUGGCACUGAAAGGAGACACAAAAAAUGUGAAGAUCUCAAUCUUAUCAGUACAGCUAGUGAUACAGUUAGUGGAUUGGUGGAUUCCAUCCAGAAAGAACUCAAAGAGUUGCCUUCCUUGCCAUCCAAUUGCAGCAUCUACCGAGUACCCAAGCCGCUGCGCAAAAUAAAACCUGGAGCCUACAGACCUCGCAUGGUCUCCAUAGGACCUUUUCACCGCUACAAGAAACAUUUACAGCCCAUGGAAGCACAUAAGUUGCGGUAUCUAAAUGAUCUUCUAAGCCGGAAAUCUCAACCAAACUUGGGUGAUUAUGUUAAGGCUGUGACAAAAUUGGAAUACAGAGCUCGUCAAUGUUACUCGGAAAUCAUCCAACUCAAAUCUGAAGACGAAUUUGUGAAAAUGAUGCUAAUUGAUGGCUGCUUCAUACUAGAACUCAUACUUAGGACUAAUAAUCCACAUGAGCCCAGACGCCGUGAUGAUCUGAUAUUGAAUGCAACAUGGAUGUCUCAGGUUAUAAAGAGCGACCUGAUUCUACUAGAAAAUCAACUUCCCUUCUUUGUUCUUGAGAGUCUAUACAAACGAUUCACUGGGAAUUCCAAUUCUAGUGGACUAGAUACACUCAUCUCCAGAUUCUUUCAAGAUUUUGUGCCACAACCCCAAAGCAUUACCCCUGAAAGUUCUCAAUUUCGACGUAUAUCUGAAGUAGCGAAGAAUGUCCUUAUCUCUGUCACAAGGUGGCCUUCGAUGAAGAAAAAUCAAGGAGAGGUAGUUGAUCCGUUACUCAAGGUGGAGGCAGCCUCCACAAUCAAAGAUAAAGAAACUCCAGCAGCGGAAGAACCCGAAGAAGAAAACUCCAAAGCAAAGCACUUGCUUGAUUUUGUACGAGAUUUGCUCCUCCAAUCAUUCUCAGCGAAGCCAGAGAAUCGAGGAAAAUUUGCCCUCACACGUAGCGCAACACAACUCAAUGAGGCCAGUGUUGAAUUUGUGAAACUGCCAAAGACAUGUUUGUUGAACAUAACAUUCAGCAAAGGAGUUUUGAAAAUUCCAACCAUGAGAAUUGAAGACUGGACAGAGCCUCUGCUUCGAAACCUCAUCGCCUUUGAGCAGUCUCAUGAUGACUAUUCUCAUGAGAUCACAGAUUAUGCUGCCUUUAUCGAUGGCCUCGUCAACUCUCCCAAGGAUGUCGAGUUGCUUGAGAAGAAGGGAAUCAUUGAGAGCUUGCUUGGUGAACCAGAAGAGGUGGCUGCCUUAUUUAACAGUCUUCUCAAAGAGGUUUCUCCUACUAUAAUGGAUGGUAAUUAUUACUUCUCUAGUAUUUGCCAUGAAUUGGAGGAACAUUACAAGAUCCCAAGGCACAAAUGGAAGGCAAGUUUGAUGCGCAACUAUUGUAACACUCCAUGGGCAUUCAUUUCAUUCCUUGCUGCAGUAUUUCUCCUCAUCUUGACAGUGGUUCAGACCAUUUGUUCCAUCCUACAAGUGACAAUAUCAAGUCAGCCAUAUAUGUGA